AUGAUGUAUGCAACUAUCGAGCGGGUUCAAGUAUUGCGCAGUCCAUUCCGAACAUCACGUCGAUCAGUAUCACCACGAUUUAUUGCAGUUAUUACUAUAAUCGUCAUAGGAGCUCUUGCUGUCACCGCAUUACAGUUCCUGCCACCAUCACAAAAUAUUCCAUCUCAUGUGGCUGAAACACUUUUAGGGUUACAUGUCGUCAGCGUCGUAUUUGUUCCUUUCGUGGUGCUUACGCUGCUGAGUACACUCUUGGUGUUGGCCCUGAAGAAAAACACGAUGCCUGUACACAUGCUUAAGGAUUCACAAACACAACAGACACUUCUUGUUGCAAGAAAUAAGACGGAAAGGAAGGUUACAAUAAUGGUGACAGUGAUAAUAAUUAGCUUCAUCAUAUGCAAUGCACCCGGAGCUAUUCUAUCUUUUCAAAGCAAAUUUCAAAAGAUCAGAGGUUCCGAAAGGUCAAAGGUUAGUUGUCGCUUAUCACGCUUGCCUCAAACAUCUAGCAUGCGUUUAUAG